UCGGCAGCCUGUGUUUGUCAUAAUGUUGGCCCAAUGUUUGGUGUUGGUCGCUUUAUUAUGGAGAGUGGAAGGUGCUAUCAUGAACAUGAGCUGUCCUGUGGUGACGCCACGGGAAUUGGACUGGAAAGCGCUGGACGGCAUCUGGUACUUAACAGCAGUAGCUACGGAAGACAUGGCGGUACAAGGUGACUGCGCCACCGUACUCUUUGACCACCAGAACACCACAGACGUCUCCAUCAGCUGGAUCACCAACAACACAGUUACUUACUAUAAUGGUUCUGUGGCCCUCAUUCCGGAUCCAAAUAGCAACAGUACCGGGGACCUACUCCUCGUCACUUAUGAUGAUGAAAAGACUGAAACCUAUUCUUUUCUCGACGUAAACUACGAGCAUUACGCUGUUAUCUUCGCGUGCUAUAAUAAUGAGGAUGGAAACAGCAGUACUUAUGAAAUAUGGAAGUUGACACGUACUCCACAUUUAAAGGACACAGAUGCAGUCAAACUGGACCAGGCUAUAGCCAACUACAGUCUUCAAGACACUCCCUUCUUCACCUUCAACAACACAGAAGACACUUGUAGAGUAAAUAGAGGAAACCAUCUAGACACUUCCACCCUCAUCAUGACUUCAGCAGCUGCACUUGCGUUAUUCAGGAGAUUUUAUUAAAAUGAAAACUAUUUAAUGCGAUAGAAUAGGCAAGAUUAUUCAAAACAUAUUGAAGUGUUCGUCUGGUAGAUGAAUGUAAAAUAAUGGAUACGUAUUUUUCCUUUCUUACGGAAUUAAUAAUACAAGAUGGUACAUUUGGUUGAAAAUGACAUGACAUCUAUUCUUGGUAAAAAUAUGUCUCAUAGAAGUGGUCAUAGCAUAAUAUCACGCCUUUUAUUCGCACUUAAUGCCACCGUACAAUGUAACACCCAUUUUUC